AUGGAGUCUGCUGCCCCGAAGAAGAGUAGUGCUGGUGCAACUCCUCCUCAGUGGGAAAAGCCCGACAGGAUUCUCAAAGAAUGGGCUACACGCACACCGAGAUUUCUGUUCCGGGGAUUCCAUGCCUUUUCUGGAGGUGGGCCAGAAACUUUCGUACGAAACGACAUCAGCGGGAUAGUUCCUCAUCUCUUCGGAGGUGCCAAGCUGCAAACAUUGAUCAAGAGGUGGUCUCCUACAGCUCGUCUUCGAGAGCUGAGCCCUGGUGAAGCGAGCAAGUUGAUCAAAACCCAUAUGAGAAUGCGCCUGGAGCCCACGGCUUUCAGUUCCUGGACUUCUGACUACCAAGCUGCAUUGCUGUCUGCCAUUGAGGCUCCAAAUGGCGACUACAAGCUUUUCGAUGACUACCCAGAUCUUUCCAAGAGGCACAUUGCCAUUCUUGAUACUGAACUGCUCGGCUCAAACACGAUCACGGAAGUGCUACAAAUGUCUGCGCUCCACGAAGCAAAACUCGCAGACACGGAUCAGCCUUGCAGCUUCCUGCCAGACGUCAUCGUCGCAGUUCUAGCCGCCGAGUUGAGCAGACAGCGGGCUCCAAGAUUCGACAUGAAAGUUUCGGACAUGUUCAAGUACCGGUGGAGCGAUGAAGAAGUUGAGUUGAUUGUGAGCUUGGUGAAGAAGGACAUUGCCUCUCUGAGGCUCGACCACGGUGGGAAGACGGCACUCGUCAAUCGAUCGAUGUAUGUCCAUCACUUCCCGCAGCUGCACCUCACAAUGAAACUGCUGGAGGCUUUCAUGGAUGCAGCGUGGAAGAGCAGGUGGGCACUGCCUCCGCAAGGACACUUAUAUGUACCUUCUCCCUCUCAUGGUGAAAAGCGGCCCCGGGAAGGAUUACCGGAUGACGACAAUGACAACGCUCGACACGGGAAAAUUCCCGAGAUCGUGACCACAAAGACCAUGGGAAAUCUUUUGAUCAAGGAUAUGACGGGGCCCAAGAUUGGUGACAUCGAGGAGCCGCCGAGGAGGGCAUCGUAUUUCAUUGAGGCAGGAGCCAUUGCUGAAAUCAUUGCAGAUGCCUUGAUGAAGAGAAUUGCGCGAUUGAAUCUACUUGAUAUGGCAAGGGAGGAAACUGGGCAGGAGGGUAAUAUCACUUGA